AUGGAUCCGCGGCACGCUUCUGAUGAUGAUGAAGAGGCUACCUCCGACUAUGAUGAAUCUUUUGUUCUUUCCGAGUUCACUUCAAUACACACUGCUCGUCUAAUCUAUUCCUAUGAACAUGGCAGACGAUACCAAAGUUUAGCUCACAACCGAUAUGGUAUGCCCAACGAUGAAGCCGAGCAGAUGAGGGAAGGCAUGAAACACAAGCUAUUCUCCGACUACAUCCUGGAUGGGAAACUGUUCAUAGCACCGAUCCCUGACAACCCUCAAAAGGUUGUCGACUUAGGGACAGGCGCUGGGUAUUGGGCGUUAGAUGUCGCUGAGAAAUAUCCCAGUGCCCGGGUAAUCGGUACCGACCUAUCCCCAAUUCAACCACAGUGGGCGCCGCCAAAUGCAGAGUUCCGUGUCGAGGAUUUAGAAGACGAGCAUCGACAGUGGUCUAGUAUUUAUGCCGGGGCAGAUUUAAUACAUGCCAGGUCUCUCCUGCAAACCGUCAGGCACCCCAAGCUCCUGCUACAGAGAGCAUACGAAAACCUGAGACCAGGCGGCUGGAUCGAGUGCCACGACGUCGUGUGCACCGUUUUCCAGGAAGAUGGCACGGAGUAUCACCACCAUCCGCUACACAAGCUGUACGACUUGAUAAACGGGUCAUUCUCCGAUGUGUACGGGUGGAAUUUGCCAAUUGCGACGCAGUUCCCAGACGUGCUCCGCGACAUUGGAUUUGUCAAUAUAUCACAAAGAAAGAAUAAGGUGCCCAUUGGUCGGUGGCACAGCGAUGCCAGGAUGCGAGAAAUGGGCCUAUUCAACCAGAUAUUACAUUCAGAAUGGGCGGCGAAUAUGUUUAUCAAGUAUGAAGCGAUGGGCAUCACGGCAGAAGAGGCGGACAGCAUUGGACAGGAGAUCCUGGACGCUUUUAAUGAUCCGAAUGUUCAGGCACAUCACAUCUGGGUAGACUGCUGGGCGCAGAAGCCGGUUGGGUAG